CUUUGCACCUUUCUCUCUCCGUCUAUCUUCCUCUAAGGUAAUUUAGUCCUACACCGAACGCGGUCGGCAACUGAUGCUGUGCGUCUAGUUGCAUCCCUCCCCUCGCCUCCUCCCACUCAGUCCGGUUUAUCCGACAAAUGCUAACGGGAAUCCGCAUGCGGAGCGUCAUUGCGCGCUCCGUGCUGAAAUACAGUUCUUUCUGUCGCAGAAAAAGUGUCGCCUCACUGUUCCACGGUACUCUGGAAUAAAAGGGUUCGCCGUUUUUGUUUCUUUACAGCUUAAACCUCCCAUUUCAACGCUUCGGUCGACUGAAUUCAAGGACCGCUUUACUGCGUCUUCAAGAAAAAGGAAGUUAUUCUCUGAAUGUUUGGUUCGGUGAGGCUGACAAGAAUGCGUCGUGUCUGAGGCAUGGAUCACGGUCCGUUCUGAUCUUUUCGGAGGUCCGUUUCUGAAACGCAUUAUAGAGACAGACCAUCGUGACAACACGCUUAAUGCAAUCUGUUUUUUAUGUUGUCUUGGAUGAGUUUGCUUUGGAUUCGAACGAGAAGAAAUCUUGCGCAUUCAGGAUGAUUUGACGGAAAGAGGAUGUUAUAGGAAAGGGUUAGCGUCUGGAGAUCGCUUGCCUCUGCUCAAUACAGUCCCACUCAAUCCUCCAAAAAUCCCAGGGAGCGGACGACACGGAAGGAGGAAAUCAUCUAUCUGGACUAAAUCUUCAAUCACUCGGGAUUUAAAAUCGCCUGCUCACAUCACGGAAAAUAACCUCUAACAGCGGGAGAGAUGAAAGUUUUUCCGGCAGUGGUCUUAUUGGUCACUAUUUGGAGUCAGGAGUGGGAGCCUGUGAUUGCCGAUUCAAUCAUACACAUCGGAGCAAUCUUCGAUGAGUCUGCCAAAAAGGACGAUGAGGUGUUCCGUCUCGCCGUGGCUGACCUCAACCUCAACAAUGAGAUCUUGGAGACGGAGAAGAUCACGAUAUCCGUGGAGUUUGUGGACGCAAGCAAUCCCUUUCAGGCAGUCCAGGAAGCAUGUGAGCUGAUGAACAGGGGGAUCCUGGCUCUGGUCAGCUCUAUCGGCUGCAUGUCGGCAGGCUCACUCCAGUCCCUGGCUGACGCCAUGCACAUCCCGCACCUGUUCAUCCAGCGGGCAUCCGCCGGCACACCGCGCUCCAGCUGCCCGCCUACCAGCCGCGCGCCCAACGCCGACGACUACACGCUGUUUGUGCGGCCGCACGUCUACCUGAACGACGUCAUCCUGCGCGUGGUCACCGAGUACACCUGGCAGAAGUUCAUCAUCUUCUAUGACCAGCAGUUUGAUAUCCGUGGGAUUGAGGACUUCCUGGACCAGUCUUCGCAGCAGGGCAUGGACGUGUCGCUGCAGAAGGUGGAGACCAACAUCAACAUGAUGAUCACCAGUAUGUUCCGCACCAUGCGGAUGGAGGAGCUGCACCGCUACCGGGACACGCUGCGCCGCGCCGUGCUCUUCAUGAGCCCCACCACCGCCAAGGCCUUCAUCACCGAGGUUGUGGAGACUAACCUGGUUGCAUUUGACUGCCACUGGAUCAUCAUCAAUGAGGAGAUCUCUGACCUGGAGGUGCAGGAGCUGGUGAUGAAGUCCAUUGGGCGCCUGACCCUGGUGCGGCAGACCUUCCCUAUGCCCCAGAACAACACACAGCGCUGCGUGCGCGGCAACCACCGCAUCAACACAUCUCUGUGCGACCCCAAAGACCCCAGGGCUCAGACGCUGGAGAUCACAAACCGCUACAUCUAUGACACGGUGCUGCUGCUGGCCAACACCUUCCACAGGAAGCUGGAGGACCGGAAAUGGCACAGCAUGGCUAGCCUCAGCUGCAUCCGCAAGGGCACCAAACCCUGGCAGGGUGGACGCCCCAUGCUGGAGGCUAUCAAGAAGGGUGGAGUGAGUGGUCUCACCAGCAGGCUGGAGUUCAGUGACAACGGAACCAACCCCAACAUUCACUUUGAGAUCCUGGGCACUAACUACGGGGAGGACCGUGGACGUGGAGUGACCAGGCUGGCCACCUGGGACCCUGUGCACGGCCUGAACGGGACCCUGACAGACAGGAAACUUGAGAACAACAUGAGGGGCGUGGUCCUGCGAGUGGUAAUUGUGCUGGAGGAGCCAUUCGUGAUGGUGUCAGAGAAUGUCCUGGGAAAGCCCAAGAAGUACCAAGGCUACUCCAUUGACGUCCUAGACGCCCUCUCCAACUACCUCGGUUUUAAGUAUGAGAUCUACGUCGCUCCGGAUCACAAGUACGGCCUCGCGCAGACAGAUGGCACAUGGAAUGGCCUGAUUGGAGAGCUCGUCUCAAAGAGGGCAGACGUGGGCCUCUCUGCGCUGACCAUCACCCCGGAGCGCGAGAGUGUGGUGGACUUCACCACGCGCUACAUGGACUACUCUGUGGGCGUGCUGCUUCGCAAGGCCGAGCGCACAGUGGACAUGUUCGCGUGCCUGGCGCCCUUUGACCUCUCGCUGUGGGCCUGCAUUGCCGGCACCGUGCUCCUGGUGGGCAUCCUGGUGUACCUCCUGAACUGGCUGAACCCGCCGCGGCUGCCCAUGGGCUCCGUCUCCUCCACCACCCUCUACAACUCCAUGUGGUUCGUCUACGGCUCCUUCGUCCAGCAGGGUGGAGAAGUGCCUUACACCACCCUGGCUACUCGCAUGAUGAUGGGGAUCUGGUGGCUCUUUGCGCUGAUCGUCAUCUCCUCCUACACCGCCAACCUGGCCGCCUUCCUCACCAUCACCCGCAUCGAGAGCUCCAUCCAGUCUCUCCAGGACCUUUCCAAACAGACGGACUUGCCGUACGGCACCGUGUUGGACUCGGCUGUGUACGACCAGGUGCGCAACAAGGCUAUGAACCCUUUCGAGCGGGACCCCAUGUACUCUCAGAUGUGGCGCAUGAUCAACCGAACAGGAGGCGCUGAGAACAACGUGGAGGAAUCAAAGGAAGGCAUCCGCAAGGUGAAGUACGGGCGCUUUGCAUUUGUGUGGGACGCAGCUGUGCUGGAGUACGUGGCCAUCAACGACGAGGACUGCUCUUUCUACACGGUGGGAAGCAACGCGGCGGAUCGUGGAUACGGCAUCGCCAUGCAACACGGCAGUCCUUACAGGGACAUCUUCUCUCAAAGGAUACUGGAGCUGCAGCAGAAUGGGGACAUGGACAUCCUGAAGCUGAAGUGGUGGCCACGGGACGGGCCAUGCGACAUGCACGCAGCGGUGGGAGCACAGCAGCGGGGGACCACCCUGGACAUCCACAGCUUCGCCGGUGUCUUCUGCGUGCUGGCCGCUGGCGUAGUGCUCUCCUGCCUCAUCGCCAUGGUGGAGACCUGGUGGACCCGGCGCAAGGGCUCCAGAGUUCCCUCCAAGGAGGACGACAAAGAGAUUGACUUGGAGCACCUUCACCACAGGGUUAACAGCCUGUGCACGGAGGACGACAGCCCCCACAAGCAGUUCUCCACCUCCUCUAUCGACCUGACGCCGCUGGACAUGGACUCGAUGCCCGCCGCACGCCAGGCCCUCGAGCAGAUCAGCGACUUCCGCAACACGCACAUCACCACCACCACCUUCAUCCCCGAGCAGAUUCAGACCCUCAGCCGGAGCCUCUCGGCCAAGACCGGCGGGGGCUUCGCCUACGGCACCGUGCAGGACCACCGGCAGGGGACCUUCCGGCAGCGCGCCCCCAACGGAGGCUUCUUCCGCAGCCCCAUAAAGACCAUGCAGGGCAUGCAGAGCAUGCAGUACCAGCCCACCCCGGGGCCUAACUUCGGCUAUGGCAAUGACCCGGACAGGGGCACAUCCAUAUGAGCUCAGCAGCGUAGGGUGGAGAGAGGAGCAAACCUUAAAAACAAAUACAAAAGGGAAAAAAAGGAAAAAAAGAUUAUGUGUACAUACAGAAUCUUUUUAUGUUGUUUUCGGGUUCAAAUAUUUUGGCUUAUUAUGUUUUUUUUGUUUUUCGCCUGGGACAGGGGAUGCAGUGGGGGAGAGUGUGUGCUGCCUGAACUCGCCAAACCUAAGAGGAAGGUGUUCUGUGUUAUUGUCGUUUGUUUGUGGUAGUCAGGAAGAUCUCUGCUGUGACAGGGAAUGACUGAACUUUUCUUUUUUUUUAUGUUACCAAGCAUUUCAAGAACGCAUUUUUUGUGCCGUUUAAAAUGAGACUAAAGAUUAUGAAAGACUAACAGAAUCACCCAGGAUCAGGACCAUCAUGGUGAAAAAAAGAGUGGGAACUUGUUUUUGUUGUUUUCCGAACAACAUUUAAAGCCCCACAGAUUGAAAAAAAAAACAUUUAAAAAAAACGUGAGGCUCCCUUUCAAAGAUCUCUCGUCUCUCUUUCAGUGUGCUACGAUGAGCGCAACGCUCUGUUACAUUCAACAAAUACCUCCGGACCGAGGUGUCAAUUCAACUCUGUGUGGCAUCCCUUUGACCCGGCUGACCUCUUGACUUCUAGGCAGGGUUCCAUCUUGAAGCCCGUGAGACUCCAUUGAUUAUAAUGCACUGCACCAAUGUUCACAGACCAGAGUAGGACUGUGGCCCUGGUGUGCUCUCACCAACGCUGUGACGUCUAGCCAAAUGCAAGACGCUGUGAUAAAAAAUGCUUCGAGACAGAGACUCAUCCAUAGGAAAAAAAGACAAACUGACAGACAAACAGUGACAUCUAACAGAGAAUACAGUUUAAGGCUGUUUUCUUUUAUUGACUUUGUUUUAAGUAUAACAAAUCUUAAUGCGUGGAAUGUGGGGGUUUUUUGGUCAGAGAGCUAAAACAAUAAUGAAAAAAAAAAGAUGAAAUUAUAAUAAUUGUUCUGAGCUGUCUAUUUUUUAUUUUAUUUUAACUGAUAGAGUGCCAUUGUCUUUCUUCGGUUUGCAUCAUAAGUUCACCCCUAAGGUUGUUUCCCCGUGUCUUUACUUUUUUUUUCUAGUCACACCAGGGCUCAACAAACAAGCAUUUUGUACAGUAGUUUUUUUCUUCUUCUUCUUUUGUUGUUGUUGUUUGUUUUUUUGUUUUUUUUUUCUAAUUAUUUUAAGUGCCACCAGCUAGCUGCUGUGUUCUUCAGAUUGAUGUGUUGAGUUUGCAUCAGGGUGAGAUUUUUCCAACACAUUGGUCAGACUAGGCCUUACAGAGGGAGGGCUCAACCUACCCAGCAUCAGUCCUCACCCCAGUCUCAUCGCCACCUGAGAAGACGAGAGAAAAUGGCUAUCCUUUUUUUUGAGGUCAUUUGAAAUCUCUUUCUGAUUCAUUUUGUACAUUGUUAAGGGAUUAUACUAUUUGUCAAACCGUUUAAAAGUGCUAAUUAUCUCGACAAGUUCAUCCAGGGGUGGUGAGGAAAAAAAAAUCGACAUUUUUUUUGCGGUAAUGGAAAAAUCCCACCUUUUCACUAACAAUGUAUUAAUAUUUACUAAUGUUAGUUGUUUAGACAGAGCUUUGAGUUCAUUAUCUUCAGACUAAAUUGCAGAUGUUGUGCGUAGAGAACAGCCGCAGUGUUUGACGCAAGCCUUCUAGAUGUAAUUUUCUUGAGCUAUGGCUACCGAAUGACAAUAGGAAUCAAAGUUUAUUUAGUAUAAAAUUUAAAUUUUUAUUUAGUAUAAACAAAGAACCAUUUAAAAAAUGUAUAUUUUACAUGCGGAUGAUUUUUUUAUGGAUAAAAAAAGACGUAUAUCAUAAGAGCCUAGCAUUCAGUUAGCUGUCAUCAUACAUUAUCAGUUCUCCACGAAUCCUUCUGACCCUCUCCAUUCUGACCGCAUACCAUUUUAUUUGCUUCGUUUAAAAAUAAGGAGGCAAGUUCUUUCUGGUAAAAGAAGCAUGCAGUACUUGCUAUGCCUGUAACAUUUUUAAUUUCAUACAUAGUAUGUACAGGAUUACUUGAUCAUUUUCAACUGAUUAUAAUGUACAGUAUUUAAUAUAGGCCUAUUUUGUUGUAUGUGUUGCAUAUUAUUCAAACGGAACAAACUGAGGCCUCUGUUACAAGUGGCAAAGCUUUCUGUGUAUAAUUUGUCUAAUAAACAUGUUUUCUACAGUG